AUGGCCACUAAUCACCAAACGGUAGGACGAAGUCUUCUACCAAACACAGAACGUGAGCGCGAAGCUCUGGUGACAACUCGUCAAUUGCAAAAACGAUUUCAUCAAAUAGUACGAGAAGUCGAUGCGCCAUUCGUCUCUCGUCAUAACGAAUUCAGUGAGCUGUAUAAUGAUCUUGUCAUCGACAAAAAUGCUCAUGAACAAGCAUUCAAUGCUGAAAAACGUCGAAUUCAACAACAUUUACAGCGUGUUAGUCAAAAUAUUCGGUCAUUUUCCAAAGACGUUCGUCAUUUAAAACCGGAUUUAGCAAUGGUGAAUAAAAUCCGACAUACAAUCGAAGAGAUCGAACAGACAAUCUAUACAUCCAAAGAAGCAUCGAGAUUGAAAUAUGAAGAGCUGAUUGCAGAAGAACGUCUACUUUCUAAUGAAGUGCAAGCAUUAACUGAUAAAAUCGAAAUAUGGUCUAAUCAACGACCUGGUCAACAACGAAGUGACUCAGUUCCACCACCCGGUUCUGCAAGAAAAUUCGAUGCUUCGAACUCCAAUCUUUUACCAGAAAUCAUCGCUUAUGAUCGUUUCCUUCUCGAACACGGUGGAACAACCGGUAAUUGGGAUGAUUAUGAUCAUGGAACAUUUCUUCGAAUUCGAAAUAAAUACAAGGGUCAAGACAAAUUCAUUGAUGAUUGUAUUGGUUUUCUUCCGACUAAAACUCGAGAUCAAAUCGAAGAACACGAAGACUGGUAUCAAGAAUUUUUAGCCAUCAGUAACAAACGUCGUUUAGCAUUGAAACGUUGGCGAGAAGAACGUGAUCAAGCGAAAGAAACGAUUUUACAGGAAGCUGAACAAGCUCACAAUACUCUGAAAGAAAUUGAUGAAACGAUUCAAAAAACACAAAUCAAAGAGCAGGAACGAAAACGUGCAGAAAAACUAGCCUUACUCGCUGCGUGGAAACAAGAACGGGAAUUACGGAAACGAGAAGUAGAUGAAGAGCAAGAACGAAUUGAAAGAAACAAACGAGCAGAAGAAGAAAAACGUUUUGCUGAAAAAGAAGAGCAAAGAAAACUGGUUGAACAAAUCCGACGCGAACGUGAAGAAACGGAACGAAUAGAACAUGAACAAGAGGUUAGACAACGACGUCUUGAACAAGAAGUUCGGCAACGAACAGCUACUGCUGCUAUACGGAAGUUUCGUGAACGAGAUAUGAAUCAUUUGGAAGAUAGAUUGAUCCGUGAAAAAUUACAAAAGCAAGAGGAACAAGCUCGACAAGAACGGUUGGAAGCAUCAAAAUAUCAAGUAGACAUUGAUUAUGAUCCUCAUCAUCUAUACGAACCAACGCAAGCAUGGACGGCACGUGGGAAAACUCCUCGAAACGAAUCGAAAAAUGUUUCAACUCCGUCAAGUAUUUUACAUGUGGCACAUCGUGCAACCCCGAGUUGGCGUCAAUGA